AUGGAGCUCCCGCAGCCGCAACCCCUCCUACAGCUCCUCAAUGCGCCGCCGCUCGUGCAGCUCCAGCUCGUCCGCAUGGUGGCGCCUCUGCAGCUGCUCUGCACGCCGCCGCUCGCCCAUCUCCUCCGCUCGGUGGUGGCGCGCCUCUUCCAUUGUGGCGGCGUCAAACACCGCUAUGGUCGCCUCUUGUGCCGCCUCCUCCCACGCUUUGUUGUCCGCCAGCUCCGGAUCGACAUUGAACUCCGGUGGUGGUGGAGAUGGAGGUGGAGCCGUGGAGCCGUGGAGGUGGAGAUGGUGGUGGAGGAAACUGGCCGCCGCCGGCGUGGCUCAUCAUUGGUCUUUAAUUGGUCAAGUGCCAUGUCCCCGGGGAGAAGAAAUGGAUUUCCCGAGGAUGAUGCAAUGCGGAAGGAGAGAGUAUGGAAAUACAACACUGAACAAAUUCCUUUUGUCCCGGCUAUGAUGGAGCAAGCAAAGAUUAUCCUAAAGAAGUGCGGUGGACAUCCCCUUGCAAUAUCAACGAUAGGUGGAUUUCUAGCCACUAAGCCAAAAACAGCUAUUGAAUGGAGAAUGAUGAAUGAUCGUAUUAGUGCUGAACUAGAGAUCAAUCCUGAACUAAGGACAAUAAAGACAGUUCUUAUGAGGAGCUAUGAUGGUUUGCCAUAUUAUCUCAAGUCUGCUUUCUUGUACCUGUCAAUAUUUCAAGAAAAUCAAGUAAUAAGGUUGGAUCGUCUAGUGAGGCGGUGGAUUGCAGAGGGAUACUCACAAGACUUUCAUGGCAUUACUGCCGAACAGCUGGGUCGUAGGUACUUUGAAGAGCUUGCGGAUAGGAGUAUGAUCCUGCCAGGGGAAGAUGUAAAUGAUUACAAUGGAAAAAUUAAUUCUUGCCAACUUCAUGAUAUCAUCAGGGAAAUAUGCAUCUCAAAGGCGAAAGACGAAAACUUUGUCUUUAAACUGGAGGAUGGAUGUUGUUUGAGUAGCACACAAGGUCCAAUACGCCAUCUUGUCAUAGGCAGCAACUGGAAAAGGGAUGGAGAUGCACUGCCGGGUGUGCUGGACUUGUCUCACGUACGCUCACUGACCGUGUUUGGAGACUGGAGACCGUUUUUCAUCUCCGAGAAUAUGAGAUUUCUCCGAGUGCUCGAUUUGGAAGACACACUAGGGUUGAGAGAUCAUCAUCUUGACUGUGUCGGAAAACUCCAUCACCUCAAAUACCUUUCUCUACGAGGAUGUUGGAAUAUUUACUGUCUGCCUAAUUCUGUGGGGAAUUUGCGGCACCUCCAAACCCUUGAUGUUAGAGGUACACAAAUAUUUGAGUUGCCAAGCACAAUCACCAAUAUUGGGCUGCUACAGAACCUCCGUAUAUCUGAUAAUUUAUUAUUGAGACCACAAGUUGUAGCUGGUGGUUUGAACAGGUGUGAUGUACUCAAUCUGUUCCGCUACCAGUUUAAUGACAAGAAAGGUGUUAAACUUCCCAGAGGAAUUGGUCAGCUGAAAGCCCUGCACAAACUAGAUGGUGCUCGUGUUGAGGGGAAUGCCACUUUAAAAGAGUUUAGAGAGCUUACUGAAUUGCGCAAGCUUGGAGUGGUUGGUAUCAGCAGCAAAAACAGCAUGGGGUUCUGGUUUACCAUUGCUGGUCUCUAUCAUCUUCGAUCUCUUUCAGUGAGAGGAAACUCGAGGAAGGAUGAGUUAGAUGGUUGUCUGGAUGAGGGUUUGUCGCCACCAAGCUGGCUUGAGAGCCUCAAGUUGUACGGCAAGCUAGUCAGGGUAACAGAUUGGAUCCAUCAGCUUCAGGAUCUCUGCAAGUUGGUGCUGGAUGAAAGCAAUUUGGAGCAAGAUGAUUCAAUAGAAGCCCUUGGGGUGCUACCAAAUCUUGCAGUUCUACGCCUGAAGACCGAUUCAUUCGUGGGGAAACAGCUCCAUUUCAAAAACUCGGCUUUCCCGAGUCUCGUGGUGCUGGAGCUCUAUCGCCUAACGAACCUUGAAUCGGUGCUGUUUGAAGAAGACGCGAUGCCUAGGCUCGAGCUGCUACAAGUUGUUUCUUUAUACGGGCUGAAGAAAAUCUCCGGGCUAUCAGUUCUCACAAGCCUCAAGGAAAUUAGGCUGGAUGCUUCUGCGGAAUCAUUGAAGCCAGAGAUCCUGAGCCAGCUAGGGGAGCGUCAAAAGCACGUCGUCGUGAAAGAUGUAUGA